AACCCUGCUUCUCUGCUAUGACAUCCCCUCGCCCCAACACCUCUUCUGCCCUUUUACCCUUCUCCUUUCCCAGUUUUCCCCUUUUAACCCAAAACCCCCGCCAACUCCCUCCCUUUCAAAUUUAUCUACACUCAACACCCUCCCUCCUCCAUUCUCUAUUUACAUGCAAUCCCUAAUUCCCUUUUAAGCUCCAUUUUUCUCCCCCCCCCCCCUUUUUCCAUUUCCUCUUUAUUGAUUUAUUGAAAUAUUUUUUUCUACCCUUUUUCGUGGUUUCAACUUAUUUUUGCAGGUCCCUUUUAAGUGUUAUCUUCCGGUUCUGCUUGAAACCAAAUCAGUCUCAAAUUAGAGCUUCCUGUGGUUUUUUAGAUGAGGUUUUGCUUGGAUUUGUAGGGUGUGGGCUAUCAGUUAUUUAACUUUAUGGCAAACCAUGAGAUGGUGAUUGAGCAAAAGCAAGAUUUGUCACUACGGCAGAACCAAUAUGUCGGAAUGGGGCAUGAUGCCAACUUUGUUCUUGGUCGUAAUCAUGAUUUAUUACGUUCAGAGCAGAUCCCUGAUGUUGAUUUGGUCAUCCGGCCUGCUCAUGAUCAUGGUCAUAAACUAUCAACUUCUCAGACAUGCACAAAUGAUGUAGCUCUGUUACGUGAUAAUCUUCAUGAUUAUGAAGAGAAUGGAUUAGAUAUGGAUCAAAUUAACUAUCCUGGUGCGGAGGAAGACCGUGCUGGUGUUGAGAAACAUGAUGAUCAAUUCCCUGCUGUUGUUCAAGAUCAUGAAUUGGGUUUUGAUGGUACUGAAUUGACUCUUGUGAAGAACCAGGAUAUUUCAGACAACUUAAAUUCGGAUUUGCAGCUAAAUCAGGAAAUGAGUAUUGAACCUGUAUCAUAUCUGUUUCGUCAGCAAGAACAGAUGAUAGUUGGUUCGUCCAUGCUUCAGCACCGCUUGUUAUUUUUGGGGGAAAACCAUGAAUUGACUGUUGGAAAAGAGUUCACUGAUGUCCACAGCUGUAGGAGGGCCCUGAGAGAUGCAGCUAUUGCUCUUCGCUUUGAGAUCCAAACAAUAAAGUCGGACAAGACUCGUUUUACAGUUAAAUGCGCGAGUGAGGGGUGCCCUUGGAGAAUACAUGCUGCAAAGCUCCCUGGUGUUCCUACUUUUACCAUUAGGACCAUCCAUGAUCAACAUACUUGUGGAGGGAUUACACAUCUUGGUCAUCAACAAGCCUCGGUUCAGUGGGUUGCAGAUGCAGUAGCAGAAAGCAUCAAGGAAAAUCCUCAUUAUAAACCCAAGGAGAUAUUGGAAGAGAUUCACCGUGUUCACGGAAUCACGUUGUCAUACAAGCAAGCUUGGAGGGGCAAGGAACGCAUCAUGGCCAGUGUGCGUGGCUCUUUUGAGGAAGAUUUUCGCCUCCUCCCGCAAUAUUGUCAUAUGAUCAGAAGAACAAAUCCAGGAAGUAUUGCUCGGGUUUAUGGGUAUCCUGUUGAUAACUGUUUUCAACGCCUUUUCAUCUCAUAUCAGGCAUCCAUCUAUGGUUUUCUGAACGCGUGCCGACCUCUUAUUGGACUUGAUACAACUCUUUUGAAAAGCAAGUACCUGGGGAGCAUGCUUUUUGCCUGUGGUUUUGAUGGAUAUGGUGCUGUAUUCCCUCUUGCAUUGGCGGUGGUUGACGAGGAAAAUGAUGACAAUUGGAUGUGGUUCCUAGCUGAGUUGCACGAUCUGCUUGAGAUCAAUGCAGAGAACAUGCCCAGGCUUACCAUCUUGUCUGAUAGACAAAAGGGUGUUGUAGAUGCUGUGGAAGCAAACUUCCCAACAGCUUUUCAUGGGUUCUGCAUGCAUCAUCUCGUUGACUGUUUCCAGAAGGAGUUCAAUAGUUCUGUGCUUACCAACCUUUUCUGGGAGGCUGCUUAUGCGCUCACCAGAACUGAAUUCGAAAAAAAACUCAUUGACAUUCAAGCAAUCUCACCAGAAGCUACUACUUGGAUUCAAAAUAUUCCUCCUCAUUUAUGGGCCACAUCACAUUUCGAAGGGACAAGGAUGGGACACCUGGCGGCCAACAUUGUGGAAUGUUUAAGUGCUUGGAUAGCAGAGGCCUAUAGCCUUCCAAUAAUCCAAAUGAUGGAGUGCAUCCGUCGGCAACUGAUGACUUGUUUCAAUGAGCGUCGUGAGACAAGCAUGCAGUGGACAGGCAAUCUUGUUCCUCCUGCAGAAAGGAUUGUAUUGGAAGCCUAUGAUCGUGCAUGCACUUACCAAGUGUUCAAAGCAAACGAAUCUGAAUUCGAGGUACGAUGCCCCAAUGAUGGAUCAUUCGUAGUAGAUAUCCGAACCCGAAGCUGUUAUUGUCGUGGGUGGGAGCUGAGUGGACUUCCUUGUGCUCAUGCCAUUGCAGUCCUCCUUUCUUGUAGACAAAAUGUGCAUAGGUUUACAGAAAGUUGUUUCACAGUGACAAGUUACCGAAAGGCAUACUCGCAGACAAUACACCCUGUUCCUGAUAAAGCCCUUUGGAAAGAGAUGUCUGAACAAUCCCCAAAUGAAGGGUCUAAAGACGUUGAGGUCACUAUAAAACCACCUAGAUUGCUUCAGCCACCAGCAAGACCUAAAAAGAGACGAGCUCGUGCCGAGAAUGCUGGUCGGGCAAAACGGAUGGUGCAUUGCAGUCGCUGUAAUCAAACCGGACAUUUCAGAACUACAUGUACAGCACCUAUAUAGAAACUCAUUUUUCAAAGUUUUCCCCUGAACUGUGCAGAUAGAGAAGUAAUUUUUUAGUUUGAAAAUUUUUUUAGAGCUGCUAUUGUCAGCUCUACUUUAGUAAGCACAGAUAUAUAUAUAUAGGUUUUCCAUA